UCGCCAAUCUGUUAUCAUUCAAAGCUUUCAAAAUUCAAGCAUGAUCAAAUAAAAUUAUUUACUAUUUAGUCAUGCUUUCAAAUAAUUUUUCAAUAUUUAUAUAAUAUUAGUUUGUCGGUAUUGUUGUUGGCGUUGCCGGUUGACACUAAACUUAUUGUUCAAAAACCAUGGACUUGUUGAGCAAGCAAGGGCUUAGGACAGACGGCCGAAGGCCUGAUCAGCUACGGAGAAUAAGGUGUCGGAUGGGAGUUUUUAGUCAACCUGACGGUAGCGUAUAUCUUGAACAGGGCAACACAAAAGUGGUCGCAGCCGUUUAUGGUCCACACGAAAUACGCACUAAUCGAUCAAAAGCACCCAACGACGCAGCAGUGAUAAAUUGUCAGUACAGCAUGGCCACGUUCAGCAGAAGUGAACGUAAACGUCGACCAAGAGACAACAAGUCCGCUGAGUUGACUUUACAUUUAAAGCAAGCAAUGGCCACUGCUAUUAAAACCGAACUUUAUCCUAAAUCUCAAAUUGAUAUUUUUGUUGAAGUAUUACAAUCCGAUGGUGGCAACUACAGUGUUUGCGUAAAUGCCGCUACUCUUGCUUUGAUCGAUGCUGGCAUUGCGAUGGAAGAAUUUGUGAUCUCAUGUACUGCUAGUUUAGCCAACGGAGAAACAGCCCUUGUUGAUAUUAGUCAUCUUGAAGAAACCAUGGGUGGACCUAAUUUGACCGUAGCUAUUUUACCUAUUUCUGGAAAGAUUGCUAUGUUAGAGACAUCUCAAAGAAUACAUCUCAACCACGUCGAACCCGUGCUUACAGAGGCAGUGAGGGGUUGUCGUUUUGUUUAUGGGAAAUUAAAUAGUAUUGUUAAAAAGCACUAUGAAGAAAUCGGCAGUGCUUCAAAUUGGGGUAACGAAGAAUAUGCUUGACGUUAAUUCUAUUUCUAUUUUUUUAGUGAACUGAAAUGAUUACAAGAGCUACCCGUAUAAUUAAAUUAAUUUAUGUUCAAAAAAAUUUGAUUG